CCAAAAUGGCGGACUGGGAAUCUGAAGAUUUUGACCCUGAUCAAGGCUUUAAUAAGCCAGCCGCGACGGACAGAUGGGACGGCGAGGAUGAGGAACCGGAUGUCAAGGAUACAUGGGAAGAUUCUGACAGUGAAAAGAAAGAAGCACCCCCAGGGACAGAAACAACAGCCAAGGCUACUCAAGUAAAGAAAAAGAAGUCUCUUGAAGCGACGCUGAAAGCAAAAGAAGAGAAGAGGAAAAAAGAACUAGAAAAGAGGAGAUUGCAGGCAGAGCAAGAAAAAUUAAGUCCAGAGGAACAGAUAGCUGAGAAAUUAAGACAGCAGAAACUACAAGAAGAAUCAGAUUUACAGCUUGCAAGAGAAACAUUCGGUGUUAGCACUGAUGACAACAGCUCAAGGCUAGACUCUUUAAAUCCCACAACGGAAGAAGAAUUCCAAGAAUUAGGAAAACUCCUUCAAGAGAAAUUGCAACCCCUGGAGAAAUCACCGCACUAUGUUGACAUGCUGGACGCGUUGUUUCAGGCCUGCAGUUUAAGUUUGGAAGCAGAUCAAGUGAAAAGACUAGGUACAAGUCUAACGGCAAUAGCAAAUGAGAAGGCGAAGGCUCAAAAGAAUGUCAAAGCCAAGAAGAAGAGUAAAAAGGCUGUCUUAGCCGGCAGCGGCAAGGCUGGCAAAGGACCCGGUAUGGACGAUGAAUACAACACUUAUGGAAAUGAUAUGGAUGACUUCAUGUGACCCACUGGCCGAUCAUGCAGCUUAAGGCAAUUAUAGAUAUGUAAAGUUAUUACCUCUCUUAGAUUUUUUCUUUGUUUUUCUCAAGAAAUAUAAUGGAUUUGGUUGUAUUUAACUCUGCUUAGUGUUGAUUUUUUAAAUGAAGGUAUGGUAUGUCAUUGAUUUGGAAAAUGACCACCCUUUAUGUCCGGUAUACCACCACGUUGCCAACCGGGGGAAAAUUCAAGAAAUUUCAAAGCUUCAAACUCAUUUUGUUGUGAAAUUUUCGUUGAAUUAGGGAGUCACAUGUACAGCGUUGGUAAGAUUGAAAAUAUGAAUUUCACAGAUUUGCACAUACAUGGUGGUCAUGUUGGGAAAAUCCCAUUGAAAUAUUUGUGCUUGGAAUGCUUUAGUUUGUUGAGAAAUUUGUAAAGCAUUUAGUUUGGAUCUUGGUAGUUGAAAACUUGAUGAAUGACAGUGAAACAAUUAUAUGGUUCCUUUCAGUGUUUUCUGGUUGCUUGAACAUCCACAUUUCAUGUAUAUGUUGGUCGCAUGAUGUUUGCAGAAUGGUCAGCAAUCCUUAACAGUGGUCUGAGGACCAGUUGAAAUUCUCGUCAACUGGUCUGGGUGACUAGUGAAGUGUUCAAAAGUAUCCAUAUUUAAUAUGAAAUUCGGUCCUGCUGGCUCGUCACUGAAAAGGUUAAGGACAAAUCCUGCUGGUCCCUCUUGACAAUGUUGGCCACAGGCUUUACAGGCAGUGGACACUUUUGGUAAUUACUCAAAAUAAUUAUUGACAUGAAACCUUUCUUGGUGAUGAGUAAUGG